CUCAGUCGAAAGCAGUAGCUCAAAAUUCCACAAUCCUAAGCCUCGUUUCCACCUAUUCCCCAACUUUUUCGGAAGCGGACAAAUCACCCAUCCCUCUCGAUCCAUGGGUACAGUGAUCAGCAGCCUACAGCGGCCCACUCCCUUCGUUAGCAUGGAAAGUUCGCAUGCGAUUUUCGUGAGGGAAACCAUCAGCAACAACAAGGUGGUGAUAUUCAGCAAGUCCUAUUGUCCCUACUGCAGCAUGGCCAAGGAGCAGUUCCGGAAGUUAAAUGUCAAGGCUAUGGUUGUGGAGUUGGACCUGCGUGACGAUGGCAAUGAGAUCCAGGCGGUUCUUGGCGAGAUGACGGGAUCGAGGACCGUCCCGCGUUGCUUCAUCGAUGGGAAAUUCGUGGGCGGUGGCACCGAUGUAAAGCGACUCUAUGAGCAGGGCAUUCUCCAGAAGUACUUCCAGUAAGGAAAGAGGCAAUCUAUGAUGCUUUAAUUUUGAUUUUGUUGAUCUGGCAGAAUAUAAACAUUAAAGUUGAAGCUUU